CUACCCUUGUCAACUUCGAAUUUGUGGAUGAGAUAUGCCAUCGACUAAGGUUCAUUAGAAUUAAUCUGGUGUUAUGUUUAAAGGUAAAUUACAUGAUAUAUAUAUAUAUAUAUAUAUACACUAAAAAAAUGAAUCUAGUGUUAUGUAUUAUUUUGAAUUGUUUAUCAAACUUUCAAUUUCAUAUUUUAGUUAUAGACCAUUCUUAAGAUUUAGAGAUAAGGGCGAUUGUUAUCCAAUAAUAAGGAAAUUUAAAAUGAUAUUAUUCUCAUGCCACCCCUAAUUCUCUCUUUGGCAUUGGAAACAUCCAUAAUAGAGUAGUGGGUUUUACUUCAAUAUUAAGGGUCAUUGUUUUAAGAAAAUAAUAAUUAAUGCAUGAUAAAUGUACUCUAUUUUUAAAUAAAAUGUACGUAUUAUAUUUUAUUUUUAGUUUCAAACACUCAAACAGUGAUUGAUGAAAAAUUAUAAAACGUGAUACAUCUUCUAAAAAUAAGGUAGCAAUGAUUAGCAUGUCCUUUGGGUUAAAUAUUAUUUUUUAUAUUUUGAAAUAUUUAUUAAUCAAUUAAUAUAUUUAAAUAACAAAAAUAAAAUAUAUUAAAUGCCGAGUGUAUAGAGACAUUCAUUAAUAAAAUUUAAAAUAUAAGUAUCCAUUAUUCAGAAUUAAAUAAGGAAUUAAGUUCUCAAACUUCAAACCGUGGUAAAAUUCAUAAUGGGGCGCAAUUCAAAAUUAUCAGUUUUGAGGGGCAUCACAAAACCCUAACCGUUCAAAGCAGUUAAAUGCCCGCCAAAACCGCCCUAUAUAUCCCCAAACUCGUCCCUCUCGCUUCACAUUUCCAUUCCACCGGCAACCAAACCAAACAUUCAAACAGGAUGAGACCUCUCUCUCUGCUUCUCAUCAUCUUCUCUCAAUUCCUCUCUGAUCAUAUCGCUUUCGGGGCCCAAAUUCUCUCCAAAUCGAAGCUCCAAAAGUGCGAAAAGUUUUCCGACUCCAGCAGCCUCAAUUGCACCGCCAAAAUCGUCGUCAACAUGGCUAUCCCCAGUGAAUCUAGUGGGCGAGAGGCCUCCAUUGUGGCGGAAAUCGUCGAGGUGGAGGAGAAUUCGAGUAUGGACAUGCGAGCUCUGCGAAUUCCUCCCGUGAUCACCAUUAACAAGUCCGCAGCCUAUGCUUUGUAUGAGUUGACAUACAUCCGAGAUGUUGCUUAUAAACCUGAAGAGCUCUACGUUCAGACACGCAAAUGUGAGCCUGAUGCUGGUGCAGAUGUUGUGAAGAACUGUGAGAGGCUGCGGGAUGAGAAUGGUCACAUUAUUGAGCAUACUGAACCAACCUGUUGUCCUUGUGGUGACCAGCGUAGGGUUCCUUCAUCAUGUGGGAAUUUUUUUGACAAGAUGAUGAAGGGAAAGGCCAACACUGCUCACUGUCUCCGAUUUCCUGGUGAUUGGUUCCAUGUUUUUGGUAUUGGACAACGUUCGCUAGGAUUUAGCAUCAGGAUUGAGGUGAAGACAGCAUCCAGGAUAUCGGAAGUGAUCGUGGGCCCUGAAAACAGAACAGUGACAUCUGGUGAUAAUUUUCUUAGAGCAAAUCUUAUUGGAGAUUAUGUUGGAUACACAAAUAUCCCUUCAUUUGAGGAAUAUUACCUUGUUAUUCCAAGGCAGGGUGGGCCAGGUCAACCACAAAAUUUGGGAAGAAAUUUUUCCAUGUGGAUGCUGCUUGAAAGAGUGAGAUUUACCUUAGAUGGCCUUGAAUGUAACAAAAUAGGUCUGGGUUAUGAGGCUUUUAAUGGGCAGCCGGAUUUCUGCUCUUCACCAUUUUGGAGCUGCUUGCAUAAUCAGUUGUGGAACUUCUGGGAUGCUGACAUGAACCGAAUCAGCAGGAAUCAGUCUCCACUUUAUGUUGUGCAGAGACGGUUUGAAAGAAUAAACCAGCAUCCAAAUUCAGGGAGUCAUUCAUUUUCCAUAGGAAUAACUGAAGUUCUCAAUACAAACUUGUUGAUCGAAUUAAGUGCUGAUGACAUAGAGUAUGUAUACCAAAGGAGUCCUGGAAAAAUUUUAGGCAUUACAGUGCCAACUUUUGAAGCCCUUACUCAGUUUGGGACUGCUACAAUCACAACUCAAAAUAUUGGCGAAGUCGAAGCAUCUUACAGCUUAACGUUUGAUUGCUCGACAGGUGUCAGCCUAAUGGAGGAACAAUUUUUCAUAAUGAAGCCAAAAGAAGUUACAACUAGAUCCUUCAAAUUAUACCCUACCACUGAUCAAGCUGGAAAGUAUGUGUGUGCAGCUAUAUUAAAGGACUCUGGUUUUAGUGAAGUUGAUAGAGCUGAGUGCCAAUUUAGUACCACUGCCACUGUUGUUGACAAUGGAUCACAGAUUCCCUUCCAACCGCCAAAGACCAGUAUAAAUAGUUUCUUUGAAUCGAUUGAGAUCCUGUGGAACAAAUUCUGGAAUGGCUUGGCAGAUUUUGUCACUGGCAAGACUUGCAGAAGCAAGUGUUCUGGUUUUUUUGACUUCAGCUGUCACAUUCAGUAUAUUUGCAUGAGUUGGAUGGUGAUGUUUGGUCUACUUUUGGCAAUUUUCCCUACAGUGGUGGUUCUACUCUGGCUUCUACAUGAAAAAGGCCUCUUUGACCCUCUCUAUGACUGGUGGGAUCAUCAUUUUCGGGCUGAUGAACAAAGACUUUGCAAUAUGCAGAAGCAUGGAUUUGAUGCUGAUGUUUCCAAGUUUCAUAUUAGAAAACACAAGAGGCAGGGAGGAAGGUAUCACAUGCAUAAUAUCCCAAAGAAGCGAAGAAGUGUUCAUCGCGAGCAUGGACAUAAGCAUUCAGAAUAUGACACUAAUUAUCAUUACCAUCUUCACCAUGUCCAUAAGGAUAAGCACAAGCAUGGACGGGCCAUGGGCACCAAUGUCAUGCAGAAGUUGUACUUGGACAAAGAGCAGGAUGACCAUACUGUGCCCCGUAGAUGCAGAAAAGGAAAUAAAACCAUUGGAGGACUGCCAAAUAUUACCAGAUAUAUUCGUGAUGAAAAUAAAGAGGAUUACUACAAGCACAAAAAUGAAAUUUUGCGUGAAAAACAUUUUCAUGUUAAACAUAGGGAAUAGUGGGUUUUGAAUAGAUAUCAAUGCUGGUUACAGUUUAUUAAAUACUUCUCUGAUUUCAGAGCAAAGCUCUUCUUCAUUCUGUCUUCUCUUUA